ACGCGGGUUUAUAAAGCGUUCCCGGCCCGCGCGGGUGCGGGAGGCGGCGGCGUCACCGGCCGGGAGCGGGGCUCGAACCCGCUGUGCUCGGAUGUGCCCGGCGGUUCCAGCGGGGCCACGGCCGCCCGCGGGCCAUGGAGCUGCCUACGGAUGUGACCAUGGAUGUGCCCGCGGAACUGCCAUCCGUGCUGCCCACGGCCACUGCCACCCCCUGGGGCAACGGCACCGCCUGGGUCCCCCUGCCCGAACACGGGGUCAACGGCACGGGCCCGCAGCGGGCCAAGAACGCUACAUCCAUCCUCAUCGCCAUCGUCAUCACUGCGCUCUACUCCGUGGUGUGCGUGGUGGGGCUGCUGGGCAACGUCCUGGUCAUGUACGGCAUCGUCAGGUACACCAAGAUGAAGACAGCCACCAACAUCUACAUCUUCAACCUGGCGCUGGCCGAUGCACUGGCCACCAGCACACUGCCCUUCCAGAGCGCCAAGUACCUCAUGGAGACCUGGCCCUUUGGGGAGCUGCUCUGCAAGGUUGUGCUCUCCAUUGACUACUACAACAUGUUCACCAGCAUCUUCACCCUCACCAUGAUGAGCGUGGACCGCUACAUCGCUGUGUGCCAUCCAGUCAAGGCCCUGGACUUCCGCACGCCAGCCAAAGCCAAGAUCAUCAAUGUCUGCAUCUGGGUGCUUUCCUCCCUCAUUGGGGUGCCCAUCAUGGUCAUGGCAGUCACCAAGUCAAAAGAUGGGAUGGUCCUGUGUACUCUCCAGUUUCCUGAUCCUCCCAUAUACUGGGACACCGUGACCAAGAUCUGUGUCUUCAUCUUUGCCUUCCUGGUCCCCAUUUUGGUCAUCACCAUCUGCUACGGGCUGAUGAUUCUUCGCCUGAAGAGCGUCCGGCUCCUCUCAGGCUCUAAGGAGAAGGACCGCAACCUACGGCGCAUCACGCGCAUGGUGCUGGUGGUGGUGGCAGCCUUCAUCAUCUGCUGGACACCCAUCCACAUCUUUGUCAUCAUCUGGACGCUGGUGGACAUAGACAAGAAGAACCCCUACGUGGUGGCCAGCCUGCACUUCUGCAUCGCCCUGGGCUACACCAACAGCAGCCUCAACCCUGUCCUCUAUGCUUUCCUGGAUGAAAACUUCAAAAGGUGCUUCCGAGAGUUCUGCCUGCCUUUCCGAGCCCGUGUGGACCAGAACAGCUUCUCCCGUGCCAGGAACACCACGCGGGAGCAUGUCUCCACCUGCACCCCUUCUGAAGCCCGCAACAAGCCAGCAUGACUAGAAGUGGGCAGCCCCCAGUGGGGCUGCCGGGGACACGGAGGAGACGAGCUGCGCUCAGAAGUCACCCAGGUCACCACCACAGAGUUCUAGCAGAAUGGUGGCCUGGCCGCUGCUCGGUAACACUGCUGGGUUUGCAUACAGACUGACUGCAAAAACUUUUUUCGUCCUGGGAGAGUGGGAGAAUUGGGACUCACCAAAUGAUGCAGGGAGAGGACCAGAAAAAGAGGCAACUUGGGCAAAGAUGCUCCACUGCUGCUACCACCUCAACCAACAAAACCCAGCAAGGGCUGUCACCCUCCGACACGUGGCUCUUGGCAGAGCCCAGGGCACCAGGACUGCAAUGUCCACAUGCUUCUCCUCCUGAAUGGGCCAGGAUGACACCACAGCCCAUGGCGAGAGUGGAAACACUCCCAUGGCAGAAGGGAACUGUGCCAGGAAGUGAUCACUGGAUCACAGAAUCAUUCCGGUUGGAAAAGCCCUUCGAGAUAGAUCAUCAAGUUCAACCGCUCUCCCACAACUACCAAGGCCACCACUAGCCCACGUCCCCGAGUGCCACAUGCACACAGUGAUGGUUAAAUCCCUCCAGUGAUGGUUACUCCACCACUGCCCUGGACAGCUGUGCCAGGGCUGGACAACCCUUUCAGUGAAGAAAUGUUCCCUAAUAUCCAACCUAAUCCUCCCCUGGAAUGACUUGAGGCCAUUUCCUCUACCGCAUCAUGGGACCUUAUUCCAUCCCACUCUGAGCUGUGUCCAAAAGAUGACCAGAGAUGGGAAGAGAAACUUAUGCCACUUCAGAGAUACUGUUUUCAAAAAGCUCCAGAUCCAUUGUAAAAAUUCUCCCGGAGUCCUUCAAACUGGGACUGCUCCCGGAGAAAACUGUCUACUGUUAAUGUCAUUACUGUGUUAUUUAGAGACCUCUGAGUGCAGCUAAGGCUGCCCUGGACAUGGAUGUGAUGAAUAUGGAUAUGGGCAGGGUAUGGAGCAGGCCACAUCUGAAGCUGACCCCAUAUCCGUGUGCCAAUACCAAAUUCCCUAUGCCCAGCAUCCAUCAGGGUGACAGGGAACUGAUGAAGUCAUUAAGCCCAAGAAGAACCUCAUUAAGGGAGUAAUUUGUAGGAACUGGAGUUGUUUCUUGCAGUGCUAAAGUAAUUAGAAUGGAAUAACAGGCUGCACCAAGGACUUUCCCUCCCCUGCCCACCAGGGGAAGGAUGAAGGACAGCACUGCCCAGCUUUCCAUAGCAGAGACAAAAAGGAUAGGAUGGGGUUGCGGGGGUUUUUUUAGAAGAUGACAAAGAUUUCACCUCCCUUUCACAAUUCCCCAAGCAGAGACAGAGGUUGUGCAGGCAACAAGGAAGCACCCACAAGAGGCAGAGAUUUGGGUAUUUCAACUCUCAUCUGGAUGGAACAGCGUCCCUCCAAAGGGAUGGCUGAACUCCAACUCCCAAUGCAUCCUGCAAGAAUCACUGUCCAGGGAGCUCUUGACCACAUUAUCUGCAGCUGAACAAUGACUGGGGGGUUCUCCCACUCCCUGAAUCUCCCCUCCAGCCCUGCACCACAUUAAUGAGCCACCACUUUUCCUUUCCCUCAUCUUCCCGCUGUCAUUCCCAGGCACUCAGACAGCCCAAGGAGAAGCAUGCUUGGAGGAAGCAGUAAUAGCAUUGAGAGAACAAAUUGAUACAGCUGGAGGAAGCAGACAAGUACCCAGAUGCACCUGGGGCUAACGGGCUGGAUGCAGAGCUUGGCUUGUGUCUGGUUUCUCCAGUUGUAUCAAUUUAAGCUAAUAAAAGCCAUUACCUCUCCUCACCAGCCCCACCUUUCUCCAGAACUGUGGAAAUUGCAGCCCUCCUCGUUAGAAAGACAGAGCCUGCAAGGCAGUCAAAACCAAUUUCUCUUUCAAAGGAAUCAAAUAGGGCGAAAUUGCCCAUUAGGGUCUCAAAUCAAUUGCGCCGAUGCACGUGAAUGAUCCUCCCCAUCUGCCUGCACCGUGUCAAUGUGCCACAAGCAAAAGCCUCUUGCUCAGUGCUGCAUCCCCCCGGACAUCUCCAGCUCAUGACUGGGGCUCUUCAGAAUCCCUUUGUAGGCAUGAAUGGAGUCCUGGACUACUGGCAUGGCCGUGCUUGGGCUCCUCACCCCAGCUGCUCAUGGAGCAUCAGAUAAGGGAAAGCACGAUCAGUUCCAGGGCAGGAACUGGGGGAAAUCCCUAGGGUUACAUAAAGCUGAGCUUCAGCUCUGUGAGAAGAGGGACUAAGGUAUCCAGAAGGAGUUGGAGACCAUCCUUCAGCUCUCCACCUCUACCCACCCUGGGGCAGAACCCUCAGCAGCAUGUGGUGGGUUUGGAGCUGGUUGAUGACAGAGACCUGGCCACAGUCACACAUUUCAGGGUGUCCCAGCAGGCUGGGUGCUCCUCCAGGGGUGGGAUGUCCCAUGCUGUGAAGCAGGACCUUUUGGAGUUCACUCCAAGCUCCAGCAUGAAGCUGAAUUCCAGCUUGAUGUCUCAAGCUGUGGAGUACCCCUAAAACAUGUGAUGACCCCAUAGCAGUGAUGUCUUCAAGCUGUCUUAGCCAGUGCCUCAGUGUCCCGUGAAAACCAACCCCAUGUUCAAGGCUGGGAAUGGAACAACGGAGAGCAGUGUUUCCCACAGCAGCACAGGGAGGAAUGGGGGACACAGGGGAAGUGAACCCCAGCAUCAGGGAUGGAGCAUCCUUGCCCUGGCAGAGUCCCAUCGAGGACGUGACAUUGGGGGGGGGGGCAAGAAUCCCCCCCCACCAUGAGUGCUGGGAGCUGCAGGUUGACUUGGGGCUUCAUGAGCAACUUGGUCACCCCACAAAGCUCAGCCCCUGCUUUUCCCGUCUCCACAGGGCCUUUGUUUUCAUCUGCUGAAUUCCCAGCCUGCUGGAAAGCGUGACUGCCAUGGCCUUAAAGUGGGUUAGAAGGCUUCAAGUCAUUAGUUUUUAAAAUGCCACCAUGCUUGGGCAGAGCUUGGAGCCCAGGGCACAGCAAAGAGUGUAGCUUUCCUGAGCUUCAGGUUUGCUGACUUAAAGAAAGAUAGAAUAUUGCUGGGAAAAAUAGGUGGCAAGCAGCAUGCCAGAGCAUAUGGGGUGACAUGGACCUUGAUCAUCCCACUCCAACAGCAUCCCAGCAGGGAUCUGGGGGAUGAUCCAGCUUCUUUCCACCUAAAAACCAGCUCCUCCAGCCCCUCAUCUGGGCUGGGAAACUGGGGACAAAUCCUAGUCCAGGGAAACAGCACUGGGAGAUGCUGCCUGCCCAGACUGAGCCAUGCUGUAGGCAGGAUGCUCAGAGGGAACUCUCUGUGUACUUUUAUAAAUAUAUAUGUAUGUCUGUCUAUAGCUGUAUGAAAUUAAGGUGACCCCAAGGCCUCCCAUCAUGCCUCCCACUAUAGCAGCUGCUCCAUGCGUGAUGGAGCUGAAUAUGCCGGAUCCACAGCACCUCACAAAGUACUUCAGCCACUAUUUCCAGCUCCAGCCCUCGGGAUUUUGGCCUUAGAAUGGCAUUUCUGUACAGGAACCCUGCUUUCUAAAACUUAAAAUAAUAAAGUAAAAUAAAGUUGGA